CGAGCUUCCUUCGCGACACUAGCGCACCAUUUCUAUAGAGCUGCGAGAUCGCAUUUCGCACCAGCCCUAAUGGUCGCAAGCGGAAACAAGAGAGCGUGUUUGUACUGGGAUGAUGUUCCGAUAAUCUUUUGUUAUAAGUUUUUGUGAUAUCAUAAUCUGUAAAUUUCCUCUGUGACGGACACAAGUCACAACUCUUAAACACGUCAGUUCUUUCUCUUCAUUAUAACUCCUACUGUCUUCUGAUUGGUUAAGCGUCUAUAAAACUGUAAUUCCGCGUUGCGGACAUCCACUUUGAAUUUGGUUUCUUUCCAGUAUCCACUAUGAUGUGUUUUGCAAGUAGCAGCAUGCUGAGACUAUUUGUGGUUGCCUUCUGGACAUUAACAAUUGUGUUCAAACAAACACAGGGACUGUCUGCACUUGAAAAUCUUCUAGCAGAGGAAACUAAAGACGAUUAUUUGAGGGAUGUUGAAGCUGAUGAUUCGAUGCUUGAUCAGAGGGCACGGGAAGAAGAUUUAAGAAAGCUUAUUUUAAAGAAACUGCGAUUUCGAGAUCUUCAGAAUGAUUCAACAGCAGAGGGUCUCAGUAGCUUAGUGAAGCGAGUUCCGGAUUCCUAUCGAUUUGGGGAUUCUUUGGUGGACAAGGUGGCGGCGUUACUUCGCUUUAAAAUGCGCCCAACAAAAAGUCCUCAAGUCAGGAUGCCCAGUCUCCGAUUUGGCUGAGCAAAGUGUUGAGAACUGUAAAAUACAGAAAUGGAUUAGCUUCGUCUAUAGGAUGCAUAAAUAAUAGAUCAAUUUACCAUUCAUUUGUAAAUUUAUACGGCAACUGUAUUACAUGAACAAUUUACAGCCCCAUGAUAUUUCUUGUAA